CCACAGUCUCGUGAGCGAAGCCGGCCGUUGCCAGUGGUUUUGCUGCGUCGAUGAGCGCCAGGUCAAAGGCGUCUCGUAUCGACCUCGGCAUCGUGCUCUCGGAGGACGGCCUUUUGUCCGAUGACGCUGAGACCUCCAAAGGGGCCCUCACGAGGCUUGCCAAACAUGUCCUGACGUCGUUCGAUGUUAGCGCAUCCGUCCGCGAUGAGAGGUUCAAGGCACUCCUCUUCGGGAACCCCCACGUCUCCGGUCAGUGCAAUGCCUUAGUAGUGCAGUGGGGCAUUGUGACACUGUGACUGUGUAUUUUGCUGAUGCAGAGGAGCGGGUUCUGCGCAAGCUGUAUGACGCAUUCGUCAGCGGCACGAUGCCCCUUGUCGAAGAUGCCACCACCAUCAUUUCCCUCGUCGAUGCCUACCUUGUCGGGGUGAAGGCCAAGGAUGGGCUGAUCGCGGCCUUGUUUCAAAAGGGCAUUGCCACGGCGACCGGCGUGAUAGACCUGCUGGCGGCGUUCAUCGACAAAUUUGACUUCGACGAUGACCUCCUUGUUGGCGCCGCUGGAGGAGAAGUGAAACGGCUGGAAGACAAGAGGGCCCAACUCGGCUGUUUCCGACAGAAGUCAUGGAUCAUGCUGGGAGGUAUCUCACACGCACGCAAACACACGCACGCCCCCAGGGCAAUGUAUGACUUCAUCAUGUGUGUGGCUUCACAGUUGCGGUGUGUGACGGGCAGACCGACUUCCAAACACCUGUGAAUGCGAAUCGUGUCCACAUCAGCCAGAAUCACCCUCGGCUGGUGGUCAAGGCGAUGCAGGAAGUCGCUCGCCGCAAGGACGAUGACCCCUUGUUCGAUUAUGCGCUGACAUUCGUCCAGCAUAUGUUUAUGUUACCCACCGUCAGUACGUUGGGGCCCCCAACCAUAUGGCUGGGCCAGCUGUUCAGCGCCACCGUCGAGGUCUGACAGCUGGCCCACAAAUGCAUCCGUCUCGUCUCACGAACCAAUCACCUGUGUCAUUGUAGGUGGUGGUGCAUUGCCCAGACCCGCAGCAGCCCGGCCUGCACGCCCGAUCGAUGGAAGUGCUCGAUUACAUAUUCGGGGCCGUCAGCACCAUUUCCCUAGGAGGUGGGGAGACGUGGCCAUCCCGCCAUCAACAAGGCCAUCCUUCCCUGUGUGUGGUCAGGUACGGACGCACAGCGCGCUGAGUGCCGCGAGGUACUGGAGAAGGACGUGUACCCCAACGUGCAGAAGCUGUCCAACGUGCUGGGUUCGAGUGCGGGCUUCGAGAGUGAGAAGUUUGCCGCCACCAUCUGUUUGGGACACAUCUUCAGCUACACAACCUCACUCAUGGCAUUUGACAUCAAAGUCAUGAAUGACGUGAAGGGUAUACCGAGACACCGAGCCGCAUCACUCUCUCGCUAAGCAUGUAUGUGUAUGUGUGGUGCAGAGCAAGAGCGUCUUGCCGCUACGAUUUGCUCGAUUCCAAAUGGACCAGUCCGGCUGAUGCACGUGCCUGGUGCACUGAAGAACCUGUGUAUGGUGCUGAGAAGGGGUUCCGCCGCGUACCCCAUAGUGAGGCCACCGUCCGCAGACACGCCCAGGCCGCUGCCAUUCCCCACACUCCAUUCCAUUGCACUGCCCAUAUCCAGGGUGUACCACUACAUCUCAUCCCUCGCUGGUAGCCCCCCCACCAAUGCCUCCAUCGGUCCAUUGGAUGUCUCUAUGCCAUGCAUGAUUUUGGUGUGUGUCUCUGUAGAAGCCGGCUAUCGCGAUGAGGUUGUCAAGGCGGGAUUCUUCGCCACUCUGUCGGCCCUCGUGGCCGACGAGCAGUUGUGGUACAGCCCAGCCGCCAUAUCCUUUGCCACGAGCAUAUUUGGCGCCACAGGGCCACAGAUAGAAGACAAACACGCCGAGGCGAGCGGAUGGGCGGGGCACGCUGGCCACAUUGCUUGUCUCACCUCCAUGUGUGCUCGUGUCAUGUGCUGCAUUGUGUCAGGCUGCCGUGCGUGAUGGGUUGGGUAUAGCGUUGUGUGACCUGGCGUACAGAAUAGCCUGUGGCCGGACUUCGGUGGGGUGUGACGCAACUCCCUAUCUCAUCAACAUACUCACAACCCUUGUCAGGUAAGCAUUCAAUGACGUCGAGCAUUACAACAUUGUCUUGUCUCAUCCGUCUGUGUGUGUGCCCUUCACUGUCCAGAUACGGGGAUCGUGUGGCGGCCCGGAAAGGCAAAAAGGGCAUCGCGAGGCAGAAUGCCGUCAUAACGGCCAUUUUGCAGGCCGAGUCCGUCAAGAAGUUGCGCCAGCAGGCCAGAGCGCCCGCCGGGAAAGGCAGAGGAACGGCACCGCCACAGCUCACACUUCCGCCCGAGGUGGGUGCGUGCAGAAUUUUCACGUCGUCCCUUUCACACACUCUCUGUGGUGAUGCGUGUCAGUUGUUGGCCUUCUUUGACGACAUCGAGAGACGAGCCAACAGAGUAGCCGACGAAGUAGCGGCCGAGCUGGAGGGUGAUGACGAAGGCGUCAAGGGCAAGACAAGGCCCCACAAGAAGGGCGGCAGACACAAGGGGCCCAACCCUCAGCUGAACGACACACCGGCCGCAGCAGCAGCAGCGUCAUCGGCAUGCGCAGACGAGGGAGACGAGGACGAUAAUGGAGACCCGGCAGACGAAGAGAGCAAAGAACCCGCCCCCACUCCGACCUCUGGCGAUGCCAAGCCUGCUCCCAGCCCGGCCCUGGAGACUCCAGAGCAUGAUAGCGCUUUCAUCGCCGUGGGCCGGCGGAAGCGGGGCAAGAGCAAGAUGCAGCAGAGGCAGGAGAGAAAUAUGGAUCGGCCUAGUGCGCCCGAUCCCCCACCCCACACUCGGACCAAGAGGUGGGUGGGAACUAAGGAGAUCGGAACAGAGAGAGCAUUUUGGAGCUUGCCUUGUCCCCCAGGUGGUCUAUUGUGUCGCGGGAGACGCCUCCCGGGAGAGAUGCGCUGAUUCCAUCAUCAUCUAGCUCUAGUGGUGCCUUUGCCUCUGUUCCCACGCCUUUCUCUUCAUCUGCGUCUGCAUUGCCCCCGCCCGUCCCUGAGGCCGUCAGUGAGGUGGAGGCCCUGCGGAUGGAGCUAGAGGCGAUUCGGCGCGAGAAGGAGGCACUAGAGAGGGAAAAGGACCAGACACUCAGGAGGUGCGUGAGGUAUAUGGGCAAUGGAUGGCGAAGGCUCGUUCACGCUGUAGAUAUGUGUCUUUCUGCGUGGAUGGAUGGACGGGCUGAUUGAUGGAUGUGUGCAGGCUGCAGGAGACGACUGACUGCGACAUAUGUAUGGCCGAGAAGAAGUCGGUAAGUGAAGUGCGAUGAAUGAUAGACCGACGAUUGACUCACUGUUCGGGUGGUGCUGGUGUGUAGGUCGUGCUCGUCCCAUGUGUACGUUCUUCGAGAGAGACGCCUCAAGAGACAAGUCGCCACCACCUCUCCUUAUGUAUGUAUGCGUGUGUGUGUGUUUUCAGCUACAUUUGUCGCUGUGCCCGUCGUGUGUGUCUCGGCUGGCGGCCCGUCCCCCAGCUCAACGGCUGUGCCCCCGCUGCCGCACUCCUAUUACUAGCACAAAACGCAUAUACGUCUGAGGCGGGCGAUUAGAGCCCUUGCACCGCCGGUACGCCAUUCCUAGUCGGUUGAAGACUCUGUAUGCAUUCAUGUGUAGGCACCCGUAAAAUGACCUUCACAGAUCGAUAGUUCUGGGGACGACGGGACCAUUGUGUGAGUACAUAUGUGAUGGAUGAAG